AUGGCAGAGCAAGGGUGUGGAGCAACUAUUGAAGUGGUUUGGAAAAGAGACAUUAAGGCUAUGGCUUGUAAUAGGGUGAUUAAAAAAAUUCAGAAUUGUGGGGAAGCUCUUUCAAAGUGGAGUAAGACAAGUUUUGGGAGUGUGAGAAGGGAGUUGAAGGAGAAAAGAAAACUUCUCUCUAAGGCGGAACUGGCAGCUAGCAGAGGCGAAGACGUUACUUGGGUGAGAGUGCUUGAACAAGAAGUUAAUUUACUGAUGGACCGUGAAGCUCAAAUGUGGUCCCAACGGUCAAAAAUUCAGUGGCUUAGAGAUGGAGAUCGAAACACCCAGUAUUUCCAUAGCAAAGCUUCCCAACGUAGACGCCGUAACUACAUUAAAGGAGUUUAUAACAGAGAGGGCAGAUGGUGCACUGAUUCGAGAAGUAUGGUGGUUACAGUGGUGGAAUUUUAUCAAGGGCUGUUCACCUCCACAAACCCAACCAGUUUUGAUGAUAUACUGGAGCAAAUUCCACAUGUUGUGAUCGAGGAGAUGAACUCAGAUUUAAUGGGAGACUUCACGGCACAUGAGGUAGACUAG